AUGGAUUGUGGUGAGGACAAUCCAGAGCAAGUAGUUGAGGAGGAAGACGACGAUCACACUUCACUUACCCUUGAUGAAGAUGUGAACCAAUCGUGUGUACAAGAGAAGAGCCCACAAAGUUAUCAUUAUGAGACCAAAGCUUCUUACCAAGAGGUGCAAGAUGGCUCUGUUGAGGCACCUGUAGUGGACGACCAGGGAGCAGGCACUGACCAGGGAGUACCACCCUCAGGCACUGGCCAGGGAGCACCACCCUCAGGCACUGACCAAGGGAGCACUGACCAGGGGCAGCACCCUCAGACACUGGCCAGGGGCAGCACCCUCAGACACUGGCCAGGGGCAGCACCCUCAGGCACUGACCAGGGAGCAGUACCCUCAGACACUUACCAGGGAUCACCACCCUCAGACACUGGCCAGGGAGCAGCACCCUCAGACACUGGCCAGGGAGCACCCUCAGGCACUGACCAGGGCAGUACCCUCAGACACUUACCAGGGAUCACCACCCUCAGACACUGGCCAGGAGCAGCACCCUCAGACACUGGCCAGGGCACCACCCUCAGACACUGGCCAGGAGCACCACCCUCAGACACUGACCAGGGAGCACCACCUCAGGCACUAGCACCCUUACAGGGAGCAGCCCUCCACUCAGACACUGGCCAGGGAGCAGCACCCUCAGACACUGGCCAGGGAGCAGCACCCCAGACACUGGCCAGGGAGCAGCACCCUCAGACACUGGCCAGGGAGCACCACCCUCAGGCACUGACCAGGACACCCUCAGGCAUUGACCAGGGAGCACCACCCUCAGACACUGGCCAGGGAGCACCACCCUCAGACACUGGCCAGGGAGCACCACCCUCAGACACUGGCCAGGGAGCAGCACCCUCAGACACUGGCCAGGGAGCAGCACCCUCAGACACUUACCAGGGAGCGCCACCCUCAGACACUUACCAGGGAUCACCACCCUCAGACACUGGCCAGGGAGCGCCACCCUCUCAUGUUGAUGGACUCACUGUGUUUACAAUGGAAGAUGAAGGCAGGGAAGGAGCAGGAGGAAACAAGUUAAAUACUGUUUUGUUAGAGAGAGAAGACUCAGAUGGUGAUGAAGAUGAACAGUGUUUGGAAAGUUCCGCUACAACACAUAAAGAAAUAGUGACAGAAGAACCUAACUUAGAGAACAAACAAACCAUGACUGCUACUAUUACCAGCUGUGAUCUAGACAACAUGUCAGAGCUGGUAGUUGCUGACUCAGACACAAGGCAAGCUGGUCAGAUACACAGUGAGAUGUUGGAAAGUUUGUCUCCAAUAGUUCAGGUACAAAGUUUGAAAGAAAAUCUCUUAAAAAAUGAACAAGACGAUUCCAGUGAUAAUGCCGCAGAGAAAGAGUCACCGAAGACGACAGAAGCCGAGAAAGAACUGGCAGGAAGUGGAGAUGUGUCUGGCCACGUUGAUACUGAUGUGCCUCUAAUACGUGCAGUAAACAUUGUGAGGGCAGCAGUGUGUGAGAGUAUGGAGGAUGACAGUGUUGGUUGUGGUGUGGACGACGUACACACACUUGCAGCACAGGUAGAUGAGUCGACUCAACUGGACAACAACCGAGAGCAGAGGUUUACCUGCCUGGGUGGAGAUCAGGGGACUGUGCCUCCUACGCUUGAAGAUAAGUGCAAUAGAGCAGAUGAUCUUGAGGAAUCAGAUUAUUGCCAGAAAAUAAAAAAGAAAUAUAAAAAGAAGCCGCCAUCUUCGAGCAGAGCCACCCAGACUGCCAUUCACCUCCUCGACUCUAGUGAAUUUAAGGAAUACUCUUUUGACCUGGCAACAAUGCAAGUAGAAAUUGGUUUUAUGUCUGUAGAGUUCCUUCAGAACCUCGACCCGUCCCUUGAUGACUGGCCAGUCCUGCUCGUGUCUCAGCUCAGUCUGCGUGACUCCAUGAUCGACACGCUCAACUCAAAACUGUUGGAUCUUGUGUCAAAAGGACGCACACUCGAGCAAGAUAUUGACUACCUUAAGCUGAAGAUCUGGGACCUUAAGCAACAGGUGAAGAAGAACAAACAUAACAGGACGGAGGAGUACAGCCAGACCACAGAGGAAGACUUCGCCCAAGCCUGGAAGAAAUGGUAUUGUGGAUCCUGGAAUCAGUAUUACGGUGAGCACGACCCUUCCAGCGCUCACUACUGGCCCGGGCACUAUGCUAAACAGACUACGGUUUCCUCCGCACCGCAAGUUAAGGCAGAGGAAGCUUCUGUAUCCCGGGGGAACGGUACAGACGAGAGAGAUAAAAUCCACGACAGCAAAGAAAACGGGGACGGAGGGCGUGGCGAUGACGUUCAAGUGUCGCCCAGGAGUGGGGACUGCCAGGAACAUAAGGCGGCACAAACAGACGCCAGAGAGCAAAGUUUGGAAAGUAAGGUCGACGUGACCGACUGUAGUAAACAAAGUGUGUCGAAGAAGAAGAAAAGAUCAAACCCGGAACACUUAGAUAAAACUCCAGGAGAUUCGAGAUUACCCGAAGACUCGGUAAAGAAAUUAGACACGUGCGAUGACGAGCGUAAAGGUGACACUAUCUCAACAAUUACCUUAACAAACAAACGGACGGAAAGUUCAGAAAUGCCCCAAAAAACUAAAAUGCCAAAGAGUUUUGAGUUAGAUAAGUUAAGUAUUGAUAGUAAGACCAACUACGAACAUUAUACGCCAGAAGCGAAGGACGACAACACGUUAAUGAAAGACGUCAUAAAUGUGGACGAGAACUACGCGUGGGAUGCAUCAGGAGGGAUGAGUGUGACGGAGCAGGUGAAGGCCGCUGCUGCCGAGGCCAUACAGGGCACUGGUUACGUCUUUCAAGAGGAACUGGGACUCUAUUUUGACUACUCCUCCGGGUAUUACUACGACGCUGAGAAUGGCUUGUACUACGACAGCAAGACUGGAACAUACUUCUACUAUGACCACGCCAGCCAGGCCUACCAGUUCCACUCUCAGGUUCCUCUUAAGAGACAAGGCAAGAGAAGACUGGAGAAGAGUGAAGGAGAGGAAAAGGAUAUCCACCAGGACAAAAAGAAAAAAUUACCCAGAGUGAAAGACGCUGAGCUGGCAGACAGAGAGGAGGGAGAAUGUACGGACAGUGAUGAAGAAGGAGGAGGAAGAGAGGAAACACAGAUGAUAAACAGUGAGGAAGAAGAUAUAGAAUUAGAUGAAGAGGCUGAGAUAAGAGAGGAAUGUAGUGAACUGGAAGAAGCAUCAGCCCGUGUUCCACCUUCUCUGCGACUGAUGGUGGUGGAGAGUGAGUGCGAGAGGAUCAAGGUGGCCAGCCUACACCUGGUCACACUGGACGGUGGUACAGUCGGCAGGGAAGCACGUAACAUAGUGCAGCUCUCAGACAUCAGCAUCAGUAAGGUUCAUGCAGAAAUUAGCUACAGAUCAAAUGGCCCUGAUGAUCACCACUACUUCAUCAAGGAUCUAGGCAGUAACAAUGGCACUUUUGUCAACGGUGUUCGCCUCAGUGACCCACGUGAGACCAGCCGGGAAGUGGAGAUUGGCCAUGGAUGGAUGCUGCAGUUUGGUGCUGUGAAACUCAAGUGUCACGUUCACCCAGGAAGACUGACUUGUAAUGAGUGUGAGCCAGGCCUUGUCAUCUCCAGCCUCCCCUCUCACACACAGUCAGAAACAGGAGGGUCAGUGAUGUCCUACAAGGAUGCCAAGUCUCGGGAAAAGGCCAGAAAGAAACAGUUGAAAGCCCUGAGGAAAAAGUAUGCAGUCACCAGCCAAGGUGAAGUACCCGCCACAGACACACAGUACACUGACCGUGCUCUAAGGAGGCUCAAAGAAGUUGGUUCUGAUAAUCCAUACGAGAAGACAGAGGUGGCGUCCACUGACACAGCCUUGAGAGAGAACAACAAGGGCUACACACUGCUGCAGAAGAUGGGUUGGUCGGAGGGUCAGGCUCUGGGGAAAUCUCAGAAGGGCAUCACAGAGCCGAUCCAGCCAAAGAGAGUCGUUGGUCAUGGUGGGCUAGGAUGCACCCAGGUUACCGUUCCCGCCGAACCAGCGACGGAGAGAAGAAGGAAACACCUACAGAUAACUCAACAUCGCUUUAAACAAACUUAAUAGAUCAUAAUGUUAGGAACCUGACAAGAGAGACUACAAGAGAUCGUGCAACUUGGAGAGUCGUCAUUGCGUAACUGCAGCUGACUCGCACAAGUGUGGACAAUGGCAGUAAAAUGAUGAUGAUAAAACUCUUCCUCUUGAUGAGUCGGAUCCUUUAGCCUCGAGGGAUCAGCUGAUAGGCUCCCAUCCUCAAGUGAUCACAAGGCCAGGGGCACAGUCCUAAUGACUCCAGUUAUAAUGUGUACUAUAACCAUUCACUUUUGUGUUUAUGAAGUCUUUCGUUUCAUUAAUAUUGACAGAUUCUUGUGAGAGGCUGACACUUUUUAAUUUUAAAUUCAUAAAAUUUAGUUUGUUUAUCAUUCAGGAUAAUUCAUCAUCCUAUUACAGUAUAACUAAAUCAGUUUGAACAUCUUAGAUAACACUUAAACACCUGUCAUUUGGCAUCACUUAACAAAUGUGCACAGAUGUAUAGUAACUGAAUUGCAUAGGAGAGGAAAUUGCUGUGUGUACUGACCUGCCCUGAAUGUAGGAAAUGCCUUACUGUAAAUAUAUUUAAAUAAACUGACAUGUAUG